AAAGCACAGCACCCAACACUGUGAAGAAGAGGCAAGAGCAGCAGCCUGUCAUUUUGGUCGAUUUGAUUCAUCAUCGCCUUUUGGGUAGAGGAAAAAGUUGAAAUUCCCGGAGCACAUCACAACAUUUUCGGGCCGCGAAAUUAGGCACCCUUGCCGUGUAGUGUGUCGCCAAGAUUGAGCCAAGCGUUGUGCGAGUGCGAGAAAAUCGGAAGCGUGUGCGUGUGAAAGUAAUUCUGUGCGAAACGGUAAUUUACACUUUGCAUCAUUUCCGCAUACAAAGGGAGCAGCAAAACGUCAAUUUUGUGGAAACAAAAGAGGGCGAGAAAGUACCCAACACUGAAGCAGAAAAGCAAAAAAAAAACACAAAUCCUUCCCUCAACAUAUCCCGCCCAGUGGGUCCUAGGCGAAGAAAGUGAUCCGUGUGCGUGUGUGUGUGUGUGUGUGUCUUGUCUCGCUCGGUGCAGUGAUAAGCGGGCGACGCCAGAGCUGAACAAUUCCCACACUCGAACCUCCAUUCGGGGUCUGUGCUUAUUGGCCGUGGACGUCGUGGCACUGCAGGGAAGAAAAGGAACAGCGAACAACAGCGACAGCGAUCCGCGGACCAGCAACAUCCGCCACGCUACAAACAUGAGUCUGUUCGGAACGACGUCCACACUCAACGCCGAUAUAGAGAAAACAACAAGCGAAAACAAUACGACGGAAAAUUGGGGCCUCAUACUGGACAUCUGCGACCGGGUAAACAAUGGAUCGGCCACACCGAAGGAUUGCUUAAAAUGCAUCAUCAAACGAUUGAAUUCGCCCAACCCGCACGUGGUUAUGAAAGCAAUAACGCUGCUCGAUGCAUGCGUUAACAACUGUGGCAAACAGUUCCACCUGGAAGUGGCCUCGCGGGAGUUUGAAACGGAGUUUAAGAAGCUGUUGCAGAAAAGUCAACCCAAAGUGACCACGAAGCUAAAACUUACCCUAAAACGUUGGGCCGAGGAUGUGUUCAAGUCGGAUCCGCAGCUCGACCUGAUACCGUCGCUGUACAGGAAGCUGCGUGACGAGGGGCACGACUUUAACGACCCGUCCGCCACACCAAAGCGCGAAACGACGCUCAGCAAAGACCCGAACGUCGUGUCUAGUCAGCAGGAGGAGGACGACAUUGCGAAAGCGAUCGAACUGUCGCUGAAGGAAGUCAAAAACACGCAAUCUCCGAAGAUGAUGUCAUCGUCCGGAACGAGUGCUUCAUCUUUAUAUCCUUCCGCUUUGUUAUCUACUGCACCAGCGGCAGAACCGAGGAAGGUUCGAGCGCUGUACGAUUUUGAGGCAGCCGAAGACAAUGAGCUAACGUUCCAGGCCGGCGAAAUCAUCAUGGUGCUGGACGAUUCCGAUCCGAACUGGUGGAAGGGUCAGAACCAGCGCGGGGAGGGUCUUUUCCCAUCCAACUUUGUCACCGCCGACCUGUCCGUCGAGCCGGAAUCGCUGGCGGCGUCCGGCAAGGGCGCGAAAAAGAGUGUCCAGUUUUCGGACGAGCAAAAGCAGGACGGCGCCAAGGACGGGCAGCAGAAGCAUCUGCUGCAGCCGGCGACGGUGGAAAUCAACGAGGAAAAGAUUGACCGGCUGCUGCAUCUGAUACACGAGGCCGAUCCGGAGGAUCCGUCGCAAGACACGGAGGAGAUGCUCCAGCUCGAGCAGCUGGUCAACCAGAUGGGCCCGAUGAUCGAUGCCGAGCUGGAGCGGGUCGAUCGCAAGCACGCCCAGCUGACGCAGUCGAGCAGCGAUCUGGUGGACGCGAUCAAUCUCUACCACAACCUGAUGCGCGAACCGGACCGUUCGGCGAUGAUGUCGAUGGGUGGGCCGGUGCCGGCCGGUGGUGCGUACGGUACGCCCGGCGGCUACCCGGGCAGCUCGAUGAACCCGAUGUACGGUAUGCCGGCAAUGUACCAGAGCCUGCCGGGUGUGGGAAUGUACCCGAUGGGACCUUCGCAACCGCCGUCAAUGCCGGGGUACGGUAUGACCCAUCUACGGCACGACAUGACGCAGAUGAACGUUGGCACGAUGCCACAGUUUCCUACGCCAGCGCAGCAGCCGCCACCGCAGCAAGCUGGCAUGCAUCAUCUUUCUCACCAACAUCAUCAGCCUCACCCCAUGCAGACCGUGGCGCAGAACGGUCCCACCACCAAUGGAAUGCUUUCGCAGGGCGCACCACCAACCACGUCGUUGGCUGGAGUUGGCAACCAGCAGCAGCAGCAGCAGCAGUCCACGACGUCGGUCGCUCCACAGACGAUGCCAAAUAUGCCGAUGCCUCAACAGCAGCAGCUCGGAGGAAUGCCGCAAGGAUUCGCCAAUCCUACGUCACCUCCGCCUGUGGGAAUGUCCGGCGGUCCGCCAUCGCACCAUCAGAUGCAACCGGCACCACCCAAUCCGAAUCAACAGACGCUUCCGCAGAUGCGACCGGGCGGAGGACAGCCUCCCGUCAGCUAUCCGAGUUACGUUCCCCAGCAGCAGCAGCAGCAGCAGCCAGUGUCCCAACAGAUGCCGCAAACCGCCGUCCCGCAGGGAAUGCCGGGCGCUGGUGGACCACCACCACCAUCAGCCCAACCGAAUGCGAACCAUCAUCCCAACCAGCAGCAGAUGAGCAUGCCACAGGCCCACUAUCCUCCCACAUCUGGCGCACCAACUCACCAUCAUCCGCAGCAGCAGCAGCAACAACCGCAGCAGCAACAGUUCAUGCCCCAGAUGGGACCACCGCAGAUGGCCAACUUCCCCCCGAUGGGCGCCCCAAUGAACAUGUUCCCGCCCGGUGGGCCCGGUGGAAUCGGAGGACCACUGUCCAUCAACACGAACCACCAGGGACCGCAAAACAUUCCCAUCUACCAGCAGCAGCGGUAAGCUUCGGACGGUCGGAAAACGGGGUAGCGGGGACAGAACCAAGGGAAGGCAUCCGUCCCGAUCGCCCAACAAAAAACGACACAUUUUGACCAAUGCCACUUUUUUUCGGUUCGAUAAUCGGUAUGGGUACAAGGGAGGUGUUUUUGAUGUUCGCCUAGCGGUUUUAGUCGGUAUUCUUUUUAACUGAAACUUUCCCUUUAAAAGCCAUAAACUGAACGUGGGACGAGGAGCAGAAUUGGUUUGUUGUUUUGUUUACCGCUCGAUUUACUCUGCUGGCGGCAGUGUCUGUGUGUAUUCGAAUUGAGUAGAGUUUUGGUUUUAAAUUACGGUUCGGCUUAGAGGCUCUUGGCCUUUCGCAGGGCCAAAAAGGGCUACAAUGCCACAGCAAUGAUAUUCCUUUUGAGAUAACAACAACAAGUCCCCUAGGCACACCCUCCCUCCUCAUCCUCCUCCUUCGUUCACCAAGUGCAAGGGCAUUAGGCAGUGGACGUGAAGCGCGGAUUGGGCAACGCUGUUUGCCGGCAAUAAUAGAAGUAAUGCUGCAUAUAUUACGUUUUUGAAACAGUAUAGCGAUACAACAACAACAAAAAAGGCUUCUGGCAGUGUGAUUAGGCGGAAGGAAGGAAGGGAGAAAUUGAUAGCGGAACCUGUGUUGAAUUAUUAGUAGCAAAACGCACGUGCGUGUGUGUGAGGGCUUAUUUUUUGAACAUUCGCAGAAUCUACAAACCGAUUAGAGGGGGGAGUCCGUUAGCGUUUAAAGCAAAAAAAAAAAGCAAGGAGGGAAGAAUAUAUAGUAGGAUAUGUAUUUAUAUACGAUAUCAUGAGGCGGCCGGCCGUUCGGUAUGGUGGGGAGGCGUAUUUGUUAUCUACCCGCGUGGCUGUCGCAAAGGAAACCCGGAAGGUUGUUUUGUGGGUGGGUGGGCCCACCGUAAAGGGGUGAACAUUUAUAGAUGGAGGCGAAGAAUUGAUGCAAAACCGAUGAUAGACGAUGCUGUAUAAUAGUUGAGCUACGUACAUACUACACACAACCUACACAUUGAAAAAUAAAUAUACUAAAUUAAUAA